AUGACCCCUCGUCGCUCCUCCCGUGCUCGUACUCAGCCCUCGCCGGCCAUUCUCCAGCACACCAACUCCUCCAGCUCCUCGGGAUCUCUGACUCGCGAGAGGAACACGCGAUCAAAUCAUAAAAACCCUUCUCCUCAAAGACCCUCGGUCCAACGCUCGCAGUCCAUCGACGGUGUCGAGGGAAACUCGAAAAUGGACUUCCCACACACCCGCCAGCGCCAGCGCACCCGGAGCGACGAGCAGAACCCGUUGCUCGCCGAGGGCGAGGACGAUGAGGAUGAAGAUGCAGAAGAGGAAGAAGAGAUUACUAGAUGUCUGUGCAAGCAGCAGGACUACCCUGGCUUGCCGCCCUCGAGGUAUGAGGGGCUGCUCGGUCGCCGGGGCGCCGCGUCUGGCAUCAAGGACGAGACGGCUGCCAACACGGCUGGCGAUCCCUUGGACCCUCUGUCCGAUGAUAUCGGCAGCAUGUUCAUCCAGUGCGACAGGUGCAAGGUGUGGCAGCAUGGUGGCUGCGUGGGCAUCAUGGAUGAGGCCAUGAGCCCCGAUGAAUAUUUUUGCGAGGAGUGUCGCAAGGACCUUCACAGGAUUAAACAUGAAGCAGAUGGGAGACUCUUCUCGCAGUACCUACCUGUCGCUCCUCCCUCCCCAGCCGUCUCCUCUCGAGCCUCCUCCCGCGACAAUUCUAGAGCUGCACGAGAGCCGAAGACCCGGAACAAUGACACGGGAGUUCCUCCGAAACGUCGAUCUACAAUGAAUAGCAGGGAGGCUGCCUACGACGAAGAGGAACAGCUUCGCCGUGCAAUUGAAGAGAGCAAAGAGGACACCAAGAUUACCACGGAAGACCUGGCUUCCAGGCGAGCGAAACGGAGCAGAAGUGACAGUGAAGCAAACCGGCAGGCCAGUAAACGACCACGUACAAGCUCCCCAUCUCCGACAGCAGCUUCCAAACAAAGCAACCCAGCAUCCCAGCCUGUCUCCGAGGACGAAUCAAAAACGAAGCUGGUCACCAACGGAGCGAAGAAACCCAGGCCUAUCCCUCGCACUCAGCGUGACAAGGAAAGCAAAGAUAUCGAAGAGGCCGAGUUGGAACAUGCAGAGAGUAACCGUCGGAAGGUCCGAACAGAGCGACGAAAAGGCGAUGAAUCGGAUCACGAAACCGCCUCGCCAGCCAAAACCCUCACCAUAGAGCCUGAGCCGCCCCAGCCAAGCCCCGAAACCCCCGUGCUGACCCAAGAAUCCGCGCCGUCCCGGCCGUCAACACGCAAGUCCGGCCGCCCUGCCGCACGUCGAGGCGGGCGUGUUGGGCGCAACCAGUACACGCGUGAUCGCGAUACCAACGGGACUGACAGCUACAUGGCGAACUCACCGCGGCGAGGCCAGUCACUCGAUACGGGGGCAGACUCGCCGCGGUUGCCAGGUGCGAAUGGAACGUACGUGAAUGGCGGCGAGUCCGGCAAGCCCAGCCGGCCGCGGUACAUGAACCCGCAGCGGACAACGAUGAACGACAUGAAGCGCCGGGUGGCAGGGAUCCUGGAGUUCAUCUCGCGUAUGCAGGUAGAGAUGGCCGCAGCGGGGGGCAGCUCCCCUCCCGGCGCGAGCGGCGGUGAACAACAACAACAACAACAACCCAACGGCAACAGCAACAGCGACAGCAACCGCAACAGUGGUUUCAUCAAACAUCUAGCGGAACAGAUGGACGGGAUCCUAACGGGCAGCGAGGCAGACACCUCGUCCCUACCUGGCGGGAGCGGCGAGAGAGACAGCAGCGAAAACAACGCGGAGAAGCCGUUCACAGACCUGACCAGUUUAGAGAUGAUGGAUGUACUCACUCGUCAUCUCCUCAAAUGGCAGCAGGAGUAUGGGAAAUAUGGUGAAAAGUGA